AAUGCAUUGCUUGGGGCUACCUCUGUAGUAAGUAAAGAAGGGAUUCUCGACAAAGGUGUCAAGCUACCUCUCAUAAAAGGAAACAGAUACCACGCUGUCAGAUUGCUGAGCAUGGUUUUUGGUAGCUUGGUAUUGGUUUUCUGUAUAUGGAUGAAUUUCGUCCCAGAUGUUGUUCGUGGAAACAGCCGGAUGUUUGAACUUCUCGGGAGAGAUGUCAAGCAGGGGGAUGGCAUUGCUACACAUGUUGGCUUUCAAGACAACGGACUAAGCCGUAGUGAACAGAACAAAUCUUUAGAGGUCUCUAAUGGAGCUUGUGGAUUAUGCAGAAACCCAUUGGGACAAGGUGGAAAGCAAAACGAAACUUAUGAAACAAUUUUCCCAGAGAUAACUUCAGAAGGCAAUAUCAUGUGGACGAUCAUCGGAAUCAAAAUACAGAUUACAUCCGACAGCGACGGUUUCCUCGAGUUCUUUCUUUCUGAAACUGACGUGAAACAAAGAAAUACUAUGAACUGUUUGAAACAUUUAUUGGUUAAUCCGGAGACGGGAGGGACAAGAUACCCUGUUACAGCCUCUCAACAGUACAUCGCUGUGUCUGCCAAGCUGCCCGAGAACGUCACGUGUUCCCAGUGUGUCUUACAGUGGAGGUACGCCACAGGAAACCAGAAAUUUAAUUCUGAAGAGAUAUGUGAAGCAUGCGAGGACCAGACAAAACUCUAUGCAUGUUCAUAUGUUGCUAAGACGUCAGGAGACACUGAUCUGUCUCCUCUCACUGCCGACACAGCUUUCUCUUCUGAUAUUAACAAACGAUCCACUAAAGUAUGUGUGUCUAUUGUUGACGGAGUUCACGACAUCUGGUGCGACCGCAACUGUAAUCACAAGCCGCCAUAUUGCCCGAUUACUUUGUGUAAAUGCACUACAACCUCAACUGCAACAUCUAUCACCAGCACCAUAUCUUCAUCUACCAGCAUCUCAACCAGUCCUUCCUCGACCCGGAGCAGUGUCACUUCCAGUCCUUCCUCGACCCGGAGCAGUGUCACUACCAGUCCAUCCUCGACCCGGAGUAGCAUCACUACCAGUCCAUCCUCGACCCGGAGUAGCAUCACUACCAGUCCAUCCUCGACCCGGAGUAGCAUCACUACCAGUCCAUCCUCCAGCUGGAGUAGCAUCACUACCAGUCCAUCCUCGAGCUGGAGCAGCAUCACUACUAGUCCUUCCAUUGGCUGGAUCAGUGUCUCUACCAAUCCUUCAUAUAGAAAAAGUACUACCACCUCUACUACCACUCCAUUCAGUAACUCUCUUUCAAUUUCUACAAGGACCAGUCCGUCAUCUAGUAGUUCCACGACCAGUUCGUAUAGUUCUACUAUUUCCGUUUCCAAGACUCCAACUACUUACUCGGCGCGUGGAUGUAUAUCACUUUACCGCAAACGUUCAGGAUUCCUGGUGUGAAGUAAACUGCAAUUACGUACCGCCAUUUUGUCCAGUUUCACUAUGUAAAUGUUUAAUUAUCCUCUCAACUACUACAACCACUACCAUGCCUUCAACCACCACUGCCACUCCUUCUACAACAAGUACCACUCCCUCCACAACAAGUACCACUCCCUCCACUACAACUACCACUCCCUCCACUACAAGUACCACUCCUUCUACAACAAGUACCACUCCCUCCACUACAAGUACCACUCCCUCCACUACAAGUACCACUCCCUCCACUACAACUACCACUCCCUCCACUACAACUACCACUCCUUCUACAACAACUACCACUCCCUCCACUACAAGUACCACUCCCUCCACUACAAGUACCACUCCCUCCACUACAACUUCCACUCCCACCACUACAACUACCAUUCCCUCCACUACAAGUACCACUCCCUCCACUACAAGUACCACUCCCUCCACUACAAGUACCACUCCUUCUACAACAACUACCACUCCCUCCACUACAAGUACCACUCCUUCUACAACAACUACCACUCCCUCCACUACAAGUACCACUCCUUCUACAACAACUACCACUCCCUCCACUACAAGUACCACUCCUUCUACAACAACUACCACUCCCUCCACUACAAGUACCACUCCUUCUACAACAAGUACCACUCCCUCCACUACAACUACCACUCCCUCCACUACAAGUACCACUCCUUCUACAACAAGUACCACUCCCUCCAGUACAAGUACCACUCCCUCCACUACAAGUACCACUCCCUCCACUACAACUACCACUCCCUCCACUACAAGUACCACUCCUUCUACAACAACUACCACUCCCUCCACUACAAGUACCACUCCUUCUACAACAAGUACCACUCCCUCCACUACAAGUACCACUCCCUCCACUACAACUACCACUCCCUCCACUACAAGUACCACUCCCUCCACUACAACUACCACUCCCUCCACUACAACUACCACUCCCUCCACUACAACUACCACUCCCUCCACUACAAGUACCACUCCCUCCACUACAAGUACCACUCCCUCCACUACAAGUACCACUCCUCCAAUACAACUACCACUCCCUCCACUACAAGUACCACUCCCUCCACUACAAGUACCACUCCCUCCACUACAAGUACCACUCCCACCACUACAACUACCACUCCCUCCACUACAACUACCACUCCCUCCACUACAACUACCACUCCCUCCACUACAACUACCACUCCCUCCACUACAAGUACCACUCCCUCCACUACAAGUACCACUCCCUCCACUACAAGUACCACUCCCACCACUACAACUACCACUCCCUCCACUACAAGUACCACUCCCUCCACUACAACUACCACUCCCUCCACUACAAGUACCACUCCCUCCACUACAACUACCACUCCCUCCACUACAAGUACCACUCCCUCCACUACAACUACCACUCCCUCCACUACAAGUACCACUCCCUCCACUACAAUUACCACUCCCUCCACUACAAGUACCACUCCCUCCACUACAAGUACCACUCCCACCACUACAACUACCACUCCCUCCACUACAACUACCACUCCUUCUACAACAACUACUCCUUCCUCUGCCGGCUGCGUAUCCCUUUUCCCUAGUGUUCCUAAUUCUUGGUGUGAAUUGAAUUGUAACCACUCACCGCCCAAUUGUCCAGGAUAUUUGUGUCAAUGUACAACCUAAUAUCGGUUUAGUCGAAAUAUGUGUCUCGUUGGACGUUUCGAGAGUUUGUUAGCACUUUCCAA